CAAAUUCAGAACUGUUAACAUAUAUUCCGAUCGGUUUUUAAAUAAAUUACCUUUUUUAAAUCACAAUGGUGAAUAGAAUAAAUAAACCACCACCUUCGGCAGAUCUUGGAGAGCGUCUCGCUAAUUCCAAUAGAAAUCUUCAACAGAUGCAAGAGGAGCAUCGUCAACUACUGCUAGAAAUGGAGCAACUACGACAACAAGCUGCGGAAUUAAGCAGUUUAAGUGAAAGAAGAAUCACAGAGUCAGUGGCAAUCAGAACUGAAAGCAGUAAUGAAGAAGUUGUUGAGCAGUCUACAAUGGUGCAAAAUACGGCUAGUUCUGUUGUCGAUGUUCAAAGCGAUUUACAAAAAAACGAUGAUAUUCCUUCAUCAAGUUCAAAUUCACUAAAAACAACAGAAGACAACAAUGUAGUUUUAAAAAACGAUGAUGAAGUAAAAAUAAGUAGUGAUAGUAGUAGUGUUCAACAAUUACCUGUAAAAGAAGAACCAAAGGUUUCUGCUGAGAGUACUGAAACUAAUGAUAAUGCUGAAGAAGCCGACUAUAUAAAAGAUAAAUUAGCUGAAAUUGCUUCAUUAAAAGCUCAAUUUAAACGUGUACAAAAUAUAAUCAACACAACCGAUCUUAUUGAACAACAUUUAGCCUUUAGACCAAGUAAUGAUGGUGAUGAUGUACCAGUACAAAGGGUUAUUACUAACAAUGUAGAGACCCCAACUUCUAGUUCGGUACCAACAUCAGAGCCAACACAAACGGAAAGUAAUAUACAUGACGAAAAUCGUGAACUACUUGGGACUAUGUUAACCAUGUUCAACGAUUUCACAUCUGAUCUUCGUGGUCAAGCCGAUAGCUUGAGAGCUGAACGUGAACGAAUAAAACAAUUGAAAGAAGAAAUUAUAAGCCACAAAAGGCAGCAAAAUAAAUAAAUAAAUUUAUGAAAGAUUAUGAGAUCUUACAUAAAUUAUUUAUCUUAUAUCAAGUUAGGAAAACAAUAUUAUGCUUUAAAACAAAAAUAUAAAAAAGAAUAUAAUAAUCUAAA